AUGCCGAAGAAUAAGGGAAAAGGUGGUAAAAAUCGACGUCGUGGAAAGAACGAGAAUGACAACGAGAAGCGAGAACUGACCUUCAAGGAGGAAGGCCAAGAAUAUGCCCAGGUUGUCAAGAUGUUGGGCAACGGACGAUUGGAGGCCCUCUGUUUCGACGGCGAGAAAAGACUUGCACAUAUCCGUGGCAAACUCCGUAAGAAGGUCUGGAUCAAUCAGGGAGACAUCAUCCUGCUAUCUCUUCGAGACUAUCAAGACGAGAAAGGCGAUGUUAUCCUCAAGUAUAAUGCCGAUGAGGCUCGAAGUCUGAAAGCCUAUGGCGAGUUGCCUGAGAGUGCGAAGAUUAACGAGACUGAUACCUAUGGCCACGAGGACAUUGAUGACAACGUCGAGUUCGACGAAGACCGUGAUGGCAGCGAGGACGACAAGGACAUCGACGUUGAUGAGAUCUGA